AUGGCUAACGAAGUUCAAGACAACUCCAUGGUGGCGCCGAAGACGGAAGAACCCCAAGCUUCAUCCGGAGAAGUAACGAUUUCCCAUGAUCUGCCGAUGAGUGUUCAUGGAGCUGGCGAACCUUCCACCUUGAUAUAUGAUGGAGACGAUGAGAAGAAGCUAGAAGAUAAAGAAGAUGAUACGGAAGAUCAUCCAAAUACACUUGAAUAUGCGGAUGUCUUGAUGGCAAAGGGUUCUACUGCAUUAGAUGAAAAGGAUUUUUUUGAAGCCGCCGAAUGUUUCAGUCGCGCCCUAGAAAUUCGGUUAAUGUUUUCACUUAUCUUCAUUUUGAUCACUGGCAUUUUGAUUUUGGUCUGGGUGGCUAAUUUUGGAGAGCUUGAUAAAGAUAGAUUUAAUGCAUAUUAUUUCUAUGGAUAUGCAUUGCUACGUCAUGUUCUAGAUGAUGGAACAACUCAAGUAUCGAAUGAAGAUGGUACCACUCAGGCUGAAUCCACUUGUGUUUCUAGUGAUGUGGAAAAUGAUGAGAGUUCUGAUGCUGAUGAUAGUGCAACAGGUUUAAACGAGGAAGAAAAUGAUGAAAUUGAAAUUGAUACUGAUGAUACAUCUAAUAACGAUGAGGAUGAGGAUGAAAAUGAGCUGGAUCUGGCAUGGCAAAUACUCGAUUUUGCAAGGGUAAUUUCUGAGACAAGACCAACUCAGUCCAUGAGUAAUGUGUAUAUUCUGUGUGCACUGGGUGAAGUUAAUUGUUACAGAGAGGAUCUCAAAACUAGCCUCGAGGAUUAUCUCAAGGCAUCACAGAUUUUGGAGAGUCUAGUUGAACCAAACUUAAUGGAUAGAGCUAGUCUAUACUUUAAUAUGGGUUUGUGUCUUGAAGUGGCAGUGAUGAUAAAAGAUGCUACAUUGUUUUUUGAUAAAGCUCUAAAUUGUUGCUGCUCUGUGUUGCCGCUCCUUGUGAGUCAGUUAUGUAGUUUGUCAUCACCAAGAGUAACUUUGUCUGAAUCAGGUGAAGAAGUUGUUGACACUGGUACCAUUUCACACCAAUCUGAGAAUUCAAAUUUAAUCAGUAAAAUAGAGAAAGAUAUUGCCCAAAUCCGUGACUACUCUAUAAUGCUGGAAUAUAAGUUGAAAGAACUUGAUGAGAUUCAGAAUACACCUAAGGCUAGCCUUGAAGAAGCAAUUGAUGCACUAUCUAACAAGGUGAGACAAGUUGAGGAGAAUGUUUCCACCAGCAGUACUACUACUAGUACAGAUCUCCAAGUAAGACACUUUGGGAAAUUGGGUGGAUCUGUGAAGAAGAUUAGUGCUGGUAUGUACUCAGAUUCAAUCAAAUCAGGUUCCUCAAAAUAACCCAAAUUGGGCUAUCCCGAGGAGGCA